AACAUGGCAGUAUUCACCAUGAAUUUUGAAUCGACAAGAAACACACCACAUACUCGAAUAUCCCAUUGUUGCAAAGUUUCAACAAACUGCCGCAUAACAGGUAUUUAUACAACGUGAAGAUAGAAGAAGAUUGUGAAUUUUUUCAGUGAAAUGGAACAAUCAGGCGAUGCUGUUAUGCUUACAACCUUACCUCUACAAGGACGUCUUCAAGCCUCCUGGGGAGGUGGGAAUUCUCUCUGGGUAUAUUCUGGUCAUGAUAGUUUAAAUGGAAGUUCAAGAGAUUCGUUCCUGUCAACUACAAUUCACCAAAUGAAAAUGGAAGCAGAUUUACAAAACAAGACAACAAGAAGAUUGAUUAAUGAAACACAUGGAAUAUUCUUGGAUUUACAACAACUUGACAAAGCUUCUGCACAGUCAAAAAAAGCCAGUUUAGUGACAUUCAGUCGACGGUAUCGAGCUGUCCUCAGAGCAUGUUUACUCACUUAUAAAACGGAUGAAAAUGCAGAUGAUGAAUAUAAUCAGGUGAAAUUACUGAGCUUUAUUGAAUUAGUUUGGCAUCUUUGUGAAAUCCUGCUAAUAGAAAACCUACCAGGAGGAAUAGUUCUUCAACAUUUAUUAGACUGGGUGAAAUGGCAUUGUGAUACUGCUGAUAGACUUGCAAGAGAAGUGGCAGACUUACCAGAACCUGCAGAAAGUAGUGAUUAUUGGCCUGCAAUUUAUCAUUUAUUAUUCCAAGGACGAAUAAAGGAAGCAAGAGAUUUAUUGACACAACACCCAGAUAGAAACCCUGACGGUCAGGAUCAAUUUGCAAUUGUUGAUGAUCUCUUGAAGAGAAUGCCUUCCUUUAAGUCCUUUAUUGGUCAAGCAGAGUUUGCAAUGAAAUGGAAUUACUGGAAACAGGAAUGUCAAAAUCGAUGUUCUCAUGGUGAACUGUCUUCAUACCCACAACUUUUGCUCAUUGCUCAGAUUCUUUGUGGUGAUAAUGAAGCAUUUGUGGAAGUCAAGGAUGUCUGUCAAGAUUUAUCAUGGUAUGAAAUAAUGGUUGCCAAAUUAUUGUAUUCCAAUCCAACCAUUAAGUCAUAUGAAUUACAAUAUCACACUAAGUCUUGCAUAGAUUUAUGUGGAGGACAAGGUUCACUUCAAAUGUGGCAUCAGAUUUUGCUGGCUGCGAUGGAGUUUGAUGUUCACAGUGUUAUAAAAUUGAGCAGUGAAUGCUUUGGCAACUGGUGGUUUGUUGCUCAUCUGGUUGAUCUAUUUCAUCACUGCGACCAGCUAGAGUCACAUCAAACUCUAGAUGUCUACCAAGUUGAUCUAAGAGAGUUUCUUAUAUUGGAGUAUGCAUCCAGCCUAAUGUCACAUCAAAGCUUAUGGCAAGUUGCUGCUGAUUACUUUUUGAACUGUCCAGCAAGAGGAAGACAUUACUUGGAAGAAUACAUAGAUCAAAUUCCUUUAGAAAAUGAAUUCAAAGCUUUUAAGGUCUUAAAUCUCUGUCAGAAGUUAAAUUUCCCAACACAAGCAUUAAGUAUUUGUAAACAGAUGGGAAUGAGAGCAUAUCAGAACAACAAACUUGGCUCAGCAUUGUCCUGGUGUAUCAAGGCUAAGGAUCCUACGUUUGCUUCAUUUAUUUCGGAAAGAUUCACGGACGAAUACUUCAACAGCGGUGAAUUUUCCAGUCUGGAUCUUAUUGAUAAUUUGGGAUCAUCCAUGCUACUCUGUGAUCGUCUUACAUUCCUUGGCAAAUAUCGAGAAUUUCACCUGAUGUAUGAAAAUGGAGAGUUUAUCGAAGCUGGCAAUCUCCUCAUAUCAUUACUAACAUCAAAUCUUGCACCAAAAAGAAUUUGGUUGUCCUUGCUUACAGAUGCUUUGCCAUUAUUGGAACACGAGAAGGUGAUUUUUACAAGUGAACAAACGUAUGAAUUAAUGAGAUGUCUUGAGGACCUGCGUCUAUCGUUCAAAUCAGACGAAUACCUGGGAAAAACUGAUAAAUCUGCCGAAGAUAAAGAAAAUAUUGAUACAGUGUUGAAUACAAAGGUCGAAGAGCAGGAUAAAAAUGGCCUUUUUCAACCAAUUCGUCUUGCCUUAUCAAGGAAUUUAUCCCGAGCGCUGUUGAUUCAUGGUUGAAAAGUACUUUUUAGACUGAAGACUCCUACUUUAAUUAAACAGAACAGGCUUGUGAGGGGAAAAACAUUCAACUGUUGUAAAACGUAUACCUAGCAUUUAGGUUGAAAUGAACACAGAGAAUAAUUCCAGUCAUUGGAAUAUAUUUGUUGUAUAAUAUUUAAACUAUUUUGUAAAUUUAAGAACUUCCAGACACAAAAAACGCAUUAUAUAAUCUGUCGAAUAUUAAAUGCACAUGCACAGCUUGCAAGCUGUUGUAGUCGAAAGAAUUUCAC